GGGUUCUGGUCAACACAUACGCCAUCGGAAGAGAUCCCCGAAUCUGGAAUAGCCCGCUGCACUUCAAUCCCGGCAGAUUUAUCAAGAACUCCAUAGAUGUGAAGGGUCAAAGCUUCGAGCUACUGCCUUUCGGAGCUGGUCGACGGAUGUGUGUAGGGUAUAGUCUGGGCAUGAUGACGGUGGAAUACGCUCUAGCUCAAAUUCUUCACACUUGCAAUAUGUUCCUUCCGAAGGGCAUGAGUCCCAAAGACCUGAGUAUGGAAGAGGUGUCAGGGCCCUCAUUGACGAGAUCGGAGGCUCUUCGGCUGCGUGUCACUCCACGUUUACCAGCUUCGGUGUACAUCAAAGCAGGAAUCAAGAACGUAGCUUAGGUGUUUGUCUAAUUGGAUAAAGCUGCUCAAUCUCUGAGAGGGAAAACCAUAGAAUAGUGGUUGAAGACUCAUAGGAACUUGAAGCCAAUUUUGUACAUUCUUCCUUCUUUUGCCUUCGACCGCUGCUCCUUAUAUCAGCCAUGUACAGUAUACAUCAUUCAUGGGAGUCUUAGAGAGCUCCUCUAAAGAACGCAAUGAAAUUUGCAUCGGACACUUCUGAGAUUACAGAGAAAUAACAACUCCGAGUAAAGGGCUUGAUUCCUGUGGUGGAAUUCUUCUUAACUCGUAUACAUUUGAGGAUUCGAAUAUGUUAUCCAGUACCAUUCACCUAAAAGC